UUCCAUAAUACGAUUAGUAGUGAUUUCGCACUAACACAAGUCAACAUAGUAAUUAUAUCAUGAUGAAAGCAGUUUUUAUUGCAUUGCUUGCUUGUGCUUUUAUUGUUAUAUGUGCAUCCUCUGGUUGCAAAAAGAAAACAAUAGAAAGAAAGUUUACUCAAGCAGAAAGAUCGCUAAUAGUAAAAACACAUAACAGUUUACGUAAAUCUCUUGAAAAGGGUCAAGUUAAGGAACAGCCCAGGGCUGCCAAAAUGAAGCGUUUGAAGUGGGAUGCGCGUUUAGCAAAACAAGCACAAAAAAUUGCCGAUACAUGUAAAUUUAAACAUGUGCCUGUGAAGGAUGUGCGAUGGGCUGUCGGACAGAAUCUGUUUAAGUUAUCAUCUACAGACCAUAUCAAGGGUAUAAAUGUAACAGAAGCUAUUUAUGCAUGGUUUAAUGAACACGAAUUAUAUACUUAUCCUCAUUAUACAAAAGAGAGUGGACAUUAUACUCAAGUAGUCUGGGCGAAUACUAAGUAUGUUGGCUGUGGAUAUACGUUCUACAAAGCAGGUGGAAAAUUUAAAUACCAGAAAUUACUUGUGUGCAAUUAUGGACCAGCGGGUAAUGUUCAAGGGUACGCGCCGUACAAACCUUGGUCAAGACAUGAAAAUUAGUUAUGCAUGAAUCUAAGCGCAUGUAUAAAAUUAAACGAAGUGAAGUUUUUUUUUUAGAUAUUUAGAAUACCAAGGAUGAUCACAUAGCUUCCUGGAUGUAGUCUAACACUUUUGUAGUAUUCAGUACACUUUGUAAUCUUGUAUAAAUAAAAUAACGGUAUUUAGCUA